UGGGAAAGCAGAAGAGACUGGCCUCCUCUGCCUCGGACAUGUCAUCAACUCAUAAUGGUGACAGAAUUCAUAAAACAAAGUCUCAUUGUGGUGUAUUGCUCUAUAAUUGUUGUACAUUGUGAUAUUAUAAGAAACGAGGAUAUAUGUGGUCAUCAUAAUGGACGUCGUUUGUAUUUGGAGCUUGGUGAACAGGGCUUGCUGUAUGCCAAAAAUAUGUCAUUCAUAAGAAGUUCCCUUAAACAACAAACAACCACAGCAGAAUUGCGACAGUACAUGACAAAUAAUUCUCACGAUCAAUGCAGUUUAGAGCUAGUUACUUGUCCAUCGUGUGCAAUAGUUUUAACAUUCAAAAGCAUGAAUUUACCUCAUUCCUGUAGUGAUAUUGGCAUCGCAAUGGACAGUCCUUGCAGAUGUGAUUACGUAUGGAUAUCAGAACCACCUUACGAUGAUAUAUCUGGGACAUCUUUCUGUGGCCUUUAUACUCCCAUUGUGUACAGGUCCAGCACGAGAACUGUAUCUAUUACAUUCCUUUAUUCUCAAUCCCAUAAAAAUGCAUUCAUACUUGAAUAUCUAGCAGAAAGAAAUCGAGUUCAUUUGAAGGGUUCAGAUAAUAAAAUUUCUAAAAGUAAUAAUGAAACCAUAGGCGGCAUCUUGACGUCGCCUUUUUUCCCGGCAAGAUAUCCAAGGGAUUUGGGUUUGGAAUAUGUAAUUACGUGCCCAUCUCAGUCUCCUUCGUGUAAAGUUCGAGUGCUCUUUAGUGACUUUCAAUUAGCAACAGUCUCUAUUAUUGAGUUUUAUGAUUGGAAUGGGCAGCGUUUGGAUGUGAGCAGUGGUGCUAGAUUUAGACCACCAAUAAUUGUUAGCUCUGGGCCAUCAUUAUUAAUCAGGUUUUAUGCUAAUGGUGGUACUGGCCUGGGUUACAAGGCAUUUUAUUCAUAUGUCAUCGGUCAUUUAUAUGAGAAUUCGGUACAACCGAUAACAGAUUGUGGUGGUUAUGUAGAGAAUCUUGGUGGUACCAUUACUAUGAUGGAUAUGGUUAAUCAAGGAAUAAAGACAUAUGACUGUGUAUGGCUUAUUCGCCCACCAAAGAACUUUUUGCAUAUGAAGACACACAUGUACAUUAAAGUCAUCACCUUUGCCAAUAUGGCUGGCAAUACUGAAUUAAUUAUCAGACAAGGGCCUACAUCGGCUCUAUUACCCCUGGAGAUAUUACGACAUCCUGCCGGCCAAGUUCAAUUAUCAAGAAUGAGGGAACAUAUUGCACCAAUUACUAAUGGAUUUCAUGUUAGUCUUCGGGGUGCAUUCAGUGCAACAUCCAGAGUCGCAAUUGCUUAUGCUGCAUUUGGAUACAUGGAUUGUUAUUCGAGCUCGGAUUUUUUAUGCCACAACCAUCGAUGUAUUCCAAGCCAAUUGAAUUGUGAUGGAUUUGAUCAUUGUGGAGAUAAUAGUGAUGAACCUGCCACGUGUUUUAGAACUUGGCAGGAGGAACCUCAAGAUAGAAAGUGGCAUAUCAAUAAGGCGAAUUAUUAUUUUCCAAAGAUCGAUCGCUAUCCAGAUUUAAAAACAGCGACACUUGUAUUCGUUGCAAGCAGUUUAGGUCUCAUCAUACUCAUAUCUGCGCUAAUAAUCCUUUUGUAUCGAAUGGGGGCUCGAGCGCGUCAACAAAGAGAACUUCAAUCACGAUUGCAAACGAUUAGCGAACUUUUAGUUUUUGAUAUUUCAGAUAGCGCUAGAAUUGAUGAAAUAUCAGUAAAUGAUGAUCCACCAAUGUAUGAGGCUCCCCCUGGCUAUGAUGAGGUUGUGAAAGUUGGUCUUGAGAAUGAAAUAUCAAGGAGAAAAAGAGUUAAAAGGAAGAAGGAACGUCGAGAACCUAGGAGCCGAAGUUCACCAAAUCAGCGAUCAAUCAGUUUAAACGGAAACAUUGAAACAACUACGCCAAUCGUAACAAAUAAUGUUCAACGGGUUCCUGACAGUCCACCACCACCAUAUGUCACUCCACCCGGGACGUUAUCGAAAAAUUCAAUACUAUCAAGGAAUAAUGUUCUCCAUAUCUCUGUACCAGUGAGUUUUCGUGGUAAUCGUUCACGUCGAGUUUGGCAACGGCAGAGUUCACUUCCAGGCCCAGAUGAAUCAACCAGUAUUCAACCAUCAAUCGCCGCAUCCAUUGAUGCUGAGGCUGUUGGUGUGUAUAUAAGGAAAUACAGUACAAAUAUGAAAGUUGAAGCUUGUUCUUCACAGCCGAAUUCGAGCGUUGCUGGGAAAAAUACGAAUUACGUAUAUACCGAAAACUCGGCAGGACUAGACGAAGAAGAAAUCAUUGAUAAGAAUAAUCAUCAACAACAUUUGACUUGCUCAUGUGAUGGUGCUUGCGGUUGUGCGAAUCAGCCUGGUGUUUCUAAAUCUAGUCAACGAGAACGAUAUGAUGGAUACUGCUCCAAGACAGAUAACAUUUCAACAAUACUUGGCACUGGGAAACCGAAUGCACACAAUAACAAUUUCACAUCGAAACCUAUCAUAAAUGGACCGUUGAUAUCAUUAACAAAAAAUGAAUGUCGGAUUAGAACAACUUCAACAUGUUCUAAAGACAGUUACCUUACUCAAUUAUCCUUCAUUAGUCCUUGUCGUAGUUUAGAUGGAGGACUGAUGAGUGAAUUUGAAAUUAUUUCAGCGGAUGACGCUAGUAUAUUGAGCAAUACAAAUGAUAGUACCCUAUUUAAUGCGCCUGUUAAUACACCAAAAAUAAUGCCUCAUGUUAUUGCAUGUCAAAAUAAUUAUCGGAAAAAUCGCCAUUACAGCAAAUGUGAUAUUGAAAGUUUGUAUGAAAAUAUUAAAAUAUUGGAUACAUUCUUAGCAAGGCAAAAUAAUAACACUGCUACUAACUUGGUAGGAGCCGUCCAAACGACUGCUCCUCUUUUUACUACUCCCAGAUAUUAUACUACAAGACCGGAGCGUUUUAAUUAUCAAACUAAUUUUUUCAAUCGUAUACGCGGUUGGAGAUCCAGCGAUGAUGCAUUUACAAAAUGACAUUGAUGAAUGUAGGUAGUUUUAGGAAUUGUUCCAAUAAUGGCAACAUUUUUUAUUGGUAUAAUGCUGUGAACAUUUGGAUAAUUUUCUUUAUUGUUUGUCGAAUUUAUUUCCCAUUAUUAUUUUGUUGAAAUGCAAUAGUGAAAAUUAAUACUCCUCGUGCGAUGAAAAAAAAAAUGUAAACAUUCUAAAUAAAAGGAUUCGGAUCGUUGACCUUCAUUCUCUAUUA